GGCGCGACGAGUACGAGCUGAAGCGAAACACAACUGCGCGGCAAAAGCUAGAGGAAUUGGUAGUAAACUAACGUUAGCUUAGCCACAUAACAAAAACACGUGGGUAAAGUUAUGAUAUCCCAGAGGCGUGCGUGAGCGUUGGAAGGCCUACACGACAGAGUCAGAACUACGUCUGGGAGCCGGGAGGAGAGGGGAGGGACGAUGGGUUUGCGCUCGGCCCAGAAGAAGUUCUUCCCCUUGCGGGGCAUCGACGGCGUGGUGCGGCUGUUCGAGACGGAGCUGCAGAAGGCCGAGCCCGACCUGGCACUGCUCUCCCUGGUGCUGGGCUUCGUGGAGCACUUCCUGGCUGUGAACCGCGUGGUGCCGGCCAACGUGCCGGGCGUGCGCUUCGAGCCGCUGGAGCCUGGCUGCCCCGCGUCCUGCUUCCCCACCGUGGACCUCAGCCUGCUGUCCGCCAUGUACGAGCGCUUCACCUCGCAGAUCCGCGGCGCCGUGGACAUGUCGCAGUACCGCCGGCCCGCGGGCGGGUCCAGCCGCGAGCUGGUGAAGAAGGUGUCGGACGUCAUCUGGAACAGCCUGAGCCGGUCCUACUUUAAGGACCGCGCACACAUCCAGUCCCUCUUCAGCCUCAUCACGGGCACAAAGUUGGACAGCUCCGGGGUGGCCUUCGCGGUGGUGGCGGCGUGCCAGGUUCUGGGCCUGCGGGACGUGCACCUGGCGCUCUCGGAGGACCACGCCUGGGUCAUUUUCGGGAAGGGCGGUGAGGAGACGGCCGAGGUCACGUGGCACGGCAAGGGGAACGAGGACCGGCGGGGGCAGACUGUCAGCGGCGGCGUUGGCGAGCGGAGCUGGCUCUACCUGAAGGGCUCGUACCUGAAGUGCACCAGGAACAUGGAGGUGGCCUUCAUGGUGUGUGCCAUCAACCCUUCAGUGGACCUGCACACGGACAGCACAGAACUGCUUCAGCUCCAGCAGAGGCUGCUAUGGCUGCUGUAUGAUCGAGGAGAUCUGGACAGGUAUCCGAUGGCCCUGGGCACCUUGGCAGACUUGGAGGACCAAGACCCCAUUCCUGGCCGGGACAGCCCCUUAUCACUCCACCUGAAGGCGGUGAACUCUGCCAAGAAGCACUAUAACAACGAGCACAUCUACCCUUUCAUGUUCCUGGCCGGGUACCACUACAGGCACAGGAACGUGCGGGGCGCCCUGGGGUCCUGGGCUGAGGCCUCCUCUGUCAUGCAGGACUACAAUUAUUUCCGCGAAGACGAGGAGAUCUACAAGGAGUUCUUCGACAUCGCCAACGACGUGAUCCCCACCCUGCUGAAGGAGACGGCGGCCGCAGCGGAGAGCAGCGAGGAGGGGGGAGACAGGGAGGCUGCCGAACAGGACAAGCCUCGGCAGCAGGCUGCCCUCACUGCACUACAGGACCCAGAAUGCUUUGCGCACCUGCUGCGUUUCUAUGACGGCAUCUGUAAGUGGGAGGAGGGCAGCCCCACGCCAGUGCUGCACGUGGGCUGGGCCACCUACCUGGUGCAGUCGCUCAGCCGCUUCGACGCGCAGGUGCGUCAGAAGGUGUCGAUCGUCACCAGAGAGCCCGAGCCCCUGGACGACGACGACCAAUCGAGCGAGGACCCACGAGAGGGGCGGAGACGCGGGCCCCGGCGUGAGUCCAAAGUGGAGGACCCGCCCCCUCCCUCAGCGCCGCCCGUGGCCCCGCCCGCCCAGACCGCUCCGCCCAAGAAGGUCGGGGGGGGCGAGGGGGGCGGGCGCCGGCGGUCCGGCGGGGGAGCGGCGCGAGCCGGCGACGCGGAGGCCAGGCAGCGGGGCGCGUCCCCCAGCCCCACGCCCCCGCCCCAGCAGCCCCCGCCCGCGGGGGGGCCCGUGGUGGCCUUCCAGAGCGAGAAGAUGAAGGGCAUGAAGGAGCUGCUCUCCGCAGCCAAGGUGAACUCCAGCGCCAUCAAGCUGCAGCUCACGGCCCAGUCGCAGGUGCAGAUGAAGAGGCAGAAGCCUGCCGCGGCCGGAGACUACACCCUCUCCUUCAUGAAGCGCCAGCGCAAGACGCUCUAGACCAGAGUGCCCGUUUCCUUCUUCUGAUGACUUUCUUUUUUUUUUUUUUUUGGGCUGGUCCAGUUAGACCUGAAAAGGGGUACGUGAGGAUAAUGUGCCACGAGGGUCACUUCAAAUGGGCAGGGAUCGUCAAAUCAUGGCCCUCCAGGGCUGAGAUGCUCAUUUUCCAACCUCCCUUUACCUGGGGUCUGGCAAAUCGGUAGCACUAAUUACCCGGGAGAAAAGAAAACAAAGGGCCAGAUUUGAUUAAAAUAAAUAAAGCUUAAGAUGUCUCCUUUUCUUGAUACCGCAUAGGACAGACCAAUCAAAUCGCGUCAAACAGCCUCACUGUCAGAGUGGAAUGAUGCAUCCCAUCUGUGGUCCACAUUGGUACAUUAGAACAGAAGACUAGCCUGGCUCCUAUUUUUGGUGUGUUGAAUAUUUGAGCCCCGAUUGCAUCUCGUUGGCCAACAUUGAGAUCUAUCAAGUUUGGAUCACCUACGGUGCACUCCUUUAGGUUUGCUGUAGAGGUGAGAAAUGUACAGUAAAGUCGAUAUUUAUAGUUUUCCACAUUGGGAGUGGUGCAUUUGACCUGCAAGUUGGCAUUCAUUUUGGGUUGUGUGCUGCCCAUCAAUAUUUAUCAUGUUUAGACUGAUUGUUUUUUUGAAACCAGUAUGUGCAAACAUUGAAGGAGCGUUUAUUUCCGUGCUCGCUUGGAUUUGUUGGUGGGGAGAGGCGCUCAAAUUCAAAUACUUCCCUGUAGCGCUUUAUCGGUUGCCUUAUUUUGAAAAUGUCAACAUUAAUUGUGCAUUCAUCUGAGAUAUGAGUCAUAAUAUCAGGAUUCAGAAUGCAGGAAAAUCCCAUUAAUUUCAUUUCACUGGUAAGACUUUAGGAAAACACAUGAUUAAAUACAUUUUAACUGUUUUCAUGCAGAAACAAACUACAGUAUGAAUAUUAUGGAAAUCUGUCUUGUUCGUCACUUAGUAGAAGUUACAUUUUUUUCCUAGUCCAGAUUUUAUUUUUUUACGAAAUAAAGUUUAAUUUGAGAGGAACUGGACUGGAAUGGUUAAACUACUGUAGUGAACUGCUAUUGCCAUCAUCGACUUUUCAAAUUGCUGCCUUCAUGUUUAUUGUUUUUUUCUUAGGACCUUCGCUUUUAAUAGUCGCAGGAACUCCAGACUGAUGGGGAAUCCUACAGAGGAUACAAAGCAAGUAGAUAGUGUACUAUGUAAUGGUGGCAUAGUGGCGCCUCCGGACUAACUUGUUUAACUGUAUUGCCUUAUAAUUUCACUGAAUAUAAAAUAAAAACUGAAAACCGUAA